GUCCAACAGACACCCUGCGGACUCUAAACUUCCUACUGCCUUUUUUUCCUCACUCUGGUGCUUUGGGCUGCAGCCAGGAGAGAAGGUAUCCAUCCUCACUCAGCUCAGCCUACCUCAGCUCUUUACUCACCGCGGAUACAUUUCUAUGGAGGAGAGGAAGAUCUUCAUACUUUAAACCUGUUUAUUCACGUUGGCUGCCGGCUUUUUACGAAUUCCUGCAAACGUUUGAACACGGGGACCAAGAAAAGCUCCACACGGCUCAGGUGGACUACUUGACACACUCGUGACGUUGAAACCGAAGAGAAGCGAAGAAGUUGCGAGAACUUUCUCUGCCGCUGCUUCUUGUUUGUUGUUUUUUGUUUGCGCUCGAGCGCCGUUCUUCAGCCAAUAGGCUGCUGUUGCCAUGAAGUUGAUGUGAGCAGUGGCGCCAACCUCGAUUAGCAACGGUGCAGCUUCACCAUUUACCACGAUGAAGGACGACUUCAAUGAUGAAGAGGAAGUGCAAUCCUUUGGCUACAAGAGGUUCGGUAUCCAGGAGGGGAGUGAAUGCACUAAAUGUAAGAAUGACUGGGCGCUGAGAGCAGCCAUUGCACUCCUGUAUGUCCUGUGUGCCUUGCUUACUAUAGCCGUGGCUGUCUUAGGAUACAAAGUGGUCCAGAAGAUGGACAGUGUGACUGAAGGGAUGGAGAACUAUGGAGGUAAAAUCAUGGCUGUGGAAACAGACCUGAAGAAGCUUGAUGAUCAGACAGAAGAGAAGUCAGAGAACGCCACGACUGAAAUCCUGUCUUUCAAGGCAGAAAUCCAGACGUUGCAGACCCAGCUUAACAACAUAGCCCUAACCGCAUCCACCAACAGAGCAGCUCUGGACGAACUGCGGCUGGCGGGAGAGGAUGUGCAGAGUGGCCACAUUUCCUUGAGGGACCUUCUGGAGAGCAAUAGCAACACCAUCCGCAAUGUCAACCGUACUUUGAACGCGUACAGUAACCUGAUCGGUGGGCUGAAGACGGACACGGAGCGGCUCCAGUCAGAGCUGCAAGAGCAGAUAAGAGAGCAGAGCCGCUCCAUUCACAGCCUCAACACCCUCAACUUCACCCAGAGUCAGCAGAGGAACCUCAUCGGCUCCCUCCAGAGGUCGGUGGAGGAUGCCAGCCAGGCAGUCCAGAAGCUGAAGAACGACUACCAGAGCCUGCAGCAGACAGCCAGGCAGACCAAGGCGGAUGCCGACUGGCUCAGGGAGAAGGUGCAGAACCUCCAGGCUCUGGCAGCCAACAACUCUGCCUUGGCCCGCUCCAAUAGCGAUGCCAUUGAAGACGUAGCUUCUCAGCUCAGCUCACUAUCCGAACAGGUCCAGAACACCUCAACUGUUACUGAUGGACAUGACCAGAGCCUGCGCGAGCUCAUGGACCAGCAAAGAGACCAUGACAAUGCCACCUCUAGCAAGUUUGAUGCUCUGGAGGCCCGUCUGGACCAGAACGAGGACCAUAUGGACCGCAUCACCGGCAAUGUGAGCUUUGCCACGCAGCUCCUGGGAGCCAUCAGCGCUGACCUGAACGGCCUCCGCGGUUGUGCCGAGACAGUCACUAGGCACACGGAUCUGCUGCUGGCCCUCAACAGCAGUGUCCUGGAGGCCCGGACUGACAGCACUGAGCUCAAAACACAGCAGGAGGAGCUCGCCACCAGGCUCGAUAAGGAAGUGAGCAGCCUCUCCAUCGUGAUGGAGGAGAUGAAACUGGUGGACAGCAAACACUCGCAACUCAUCACCAACUUUACGAUCCUACAAGGUCCACCAGGUCCUAGAGGCCCUCGGGGGGAUAGGGGACCCCAGGGGCCUGCAGGAAAAACAGGUGAGAAAGGCGAAACUGGGGAAAGAGGUCCACCAGGACCGCCAGGACCUAAAGGAGACAAAGGGCUGCAUGGAAUUCCAGGUGUCCCUGGCUCCAAAGGUCCACCUGGACCAAGAGGAAAUCCUGGAUCAAAGGGCUCCAGAGGAUCUGGUGGUAGGGCUGGGCCUCCCGGGGAGAGGGGUGACCCUGGUUUACCUGGGCUUGCUGGUAGAGAUGGUCAGCCAGGUCCUCAGGGCCCACAAGGCCCACCCGGACUCAGAGGGUUAGCGGGACCUCCAGGACCACCAGGACCCCCAGGGCCUGUUGGCCCCAUUGGUCCACCAGGGCCACCUGGACUACCUGGACCACCAACUGGACCUCCAAUCCCAGUGGCUAAACCUCUGCCUCCUGUAGGACCCCAAAGCUCAGUGUCCCGCCAAGUCCAAGAGCCUGUUCCCACCAGCACACCAGGAUGUCCACCUCAAUGGAAGAGCUAUAAAGACAGUUGCUAUUACUUCUCUCGUCCAUCAGAAAGACUAAAUUUUGAUGAAACAAAAGAAACAUGCAAAAACAAGACCUCUUCUAUGCUCAUUAUCAAUGACGAGGAGGAGCAGCUUUGGAUACAGAAGCAAAUUGCAGGAAAGGGUUAUUUCUGGCUGGGUCUUACAGACAUUGUUGAGGAAAACGUCUGGAGUUGGGUGGAUGGGAGCCUUCCCACUUUUACGAAGUGGAAACCAGGCCAGCCUGAUAACUGGAGCCAUGGCCAUGAAGAAGGUGAGGACUGUGCAGGGGCUGACAAGAGGACAGAGCUCAUACAUAUCUUCUUGCUGUUCUUGUUCACAUCCCCGGCAAUGCCUCUUUUCACGUCCAAUCCUUUUGAUCAAGAUGUUGAGAAAGCGACCAGUGAGAUGAACACAGCUGAAGACUGGGGCCUUAUCCUGGACAUAUGUGAUAAGAUUGGACAGUCACGGACUGGGCCUAAAGAAUGCCUCCGCUCUAUAAUGAGGAGAGUCAACCAUAAGGAUCCCCAUGUAGCCAUGCAGGCACUGACAUUAUUAGGUGCUUGUGUGUCAAACUGUGGGAAAAUAUUCCAUUUGGAAGUGUGCUCCAGAGAGUUUGCCAGUGAAGUCAGCAAUGUCUUAAACAAGGGACACCCGAAGGUCUGCGAGAAGCUGAAGGCCCUCAUGGUGGAAUGGGCUGAGGACUUCCGGAACGACCCCCAGCUCAGCCUCAUCUCUGCUAUGAUCAAGAACCUGAGAGAGCAAGGCGUAACCUUCCCUGCUGUUGGUUCACAGGCAGCAGAACAAGCUAAAGCAAGCCCUGCAUUAGUGGCCAAAGACCCAGCAACAUCAACGAACAAGAAGGAGGAAGAAGACCUAGCCAAAGCGAUCGAGCUGUCGCUGAAGGAGCAGCGGCUGCAGCCACAAACCUCUCUCUCCGGGCUCUACCCCAGCGCUAACAGCCUCCUCACUUCCCACAAACCUGAGGGCCGAAAAGUCCGGGCCAUCUAUGAUUUCGAGGCAGCAGAGGACAAUGAACACUUCAAAUCUGGAGAAAUCAUCACCAUUCUGGAUGACAGUGACCCUAACUGGUGGAAGGGUGAGACAUAUCAAGGUGUGGGGCUCUUUCCAUCAAACUUUGUGACGGCAGACCUGACAGCAGAGCCAGAGAUGAUGAAAACAGAGAAGAAGACGGUGCAGUUCAGUGAGGACAUCAAGGUGGAGACUAUUGAACCGGAGCCUGAACCGGUCUACAUAGAUGAGGAAAAAAUGGACCAGUUGUUACAGAUGAUCCAGAGUGCAGAUCCAACAGACAACCAAUCAGAUAGCUGUGAGCUGCUCCAGCUGGAAGGUGCCUGUAACCAAAUGGGCCCACUCAUCGAUCAAAAGCUGGAAGACAUCGACAGAAAGCACUCGGAGCUGUCUGAGCUCAACGUGAAGGUUAUGGAGGCACUCUCGUUGUAUGCCAAGCUGAUGAAUGAAGACCCCGUGUACGCCAUGUAUGCCAAGCUGCAGAGCCAGCAGUACUACAUGCAGCAGCCUAACGCCUCCCAGCAGGUGUAUCCUGGCCAGGUGGCUGCAGGGCAGUAUGCAAUGCCUGGUGCAGGUGUGCAGGGCUACAGCGUACCUGUGGAGCAGCUUCCUGCCAUGAACCAGGCGGCUGCCAUGUCGGGCCAGCCAGCCCCCAGUGAUGUUCAUAUGUACAUGGGCCAACCUCCAGUGUACAGCGCUGCUCCAGGCAUGCCACCUGCAGAUGUGCAGGCUUACCAGAGUGCAGCCAGCGGGCCGGCAGGCAUGGCCCAAACACCCAGCUACAGUGCCCCCAUCACUCAGAGCCUAACCAACCCCACAGACACCCAACAGACCCCUUACCCGGAAAAAGCCCUGUUAUAGGACCCAUAGAGACUGCUCUCCUAUCUCCUCUCUCAUUCACACACUAUGAGGCCGUUCAUGCAAGCUGACACUAAAACAAUAUGACUAAAGGUCACAGGUACAGACUGACCAACGUUCAGUUAUUCUAUACGUUUCUUUAAAAAAAAUCUCUUUUCUUUCUCAAUAACGCAUCCAGACACAAACACUAAAUCUGACCAUUUGUGAAAAGAUGCCAAGUUUUGACUACUGACUUAUGUUGUGCAAUUUGAAAAAAAAAAAAAAAUCUUUCUCUCGCUCAGAAUAAUAUUCUGUCGAAUGAAGCAGAAAAGUCUUAAAGGUUUCUCAACCUAAUCUUUAUCUGUCACAUCUGUAUCACAUGGUUGAUCAUGGCAGACAAUAAUUUCAGCACAUUUCCAUAUACAUAGGAAACACAAAACUUUUCACUCAAAACGGAUGAAGUAGAGAUGUCUGAGUACCACUGUUUUGUUUCUGAUAUUGAUAUUUAAACCUCAAGAUUUUUUAAUUGAAGUACUUUGUGAUGAGCAUCUAAAAGUAGUCUGUCAUCCUCAAACUAAUCAAACACUACUCGGCUACAGGAAGAAAUACUAAGCUAACAAUGUAACGUUUCAGGGUAGGUUUGUUGCCAGAUUGGAUCAGAUUCAGCCAUUUUUUUUCUCUCUGAUAUCUCCUCUCAUUUUCUGCUCUUAUCGAUACCCAUUACCAGUAUUCCAUGUCUAAAGAGGAGCCAAUAGGCAAUUGCUUCAGACAGCGGGCGUCCUGUAUUUUAGUAAGCCUGGUCACAUGUGUUAGUUAUUGUCCAUGAAAAUCAACCUUAUGUUGCAGCUGAUAGAGAUUGUGUUGAAAAAUGCUGUUCCUUUAAGCCAGUGGUCACCGGUCCUGCUUCUAAACAUCUACCAACCUGUACUGUCUUGUUCCAUCCAUAAUGAGACACGUGUUCCAGCUAGUGAUCUUUACAGAUUCUUGUUUUGUGUGAAAUCACAGGCUUGUCUCGCAAACCAGAUAUCUGGCUGUCAUUGCUUAAUGUUACUGACCACUGCUCGCUAUGACAGACGCCAUUUGACUGACAUGCAAAAUAACUAACCGAAAAAACGACUGUUGCUUGCCUGUACAUGUCACAUAAAAUCGAGUUUCAGAACGGGGCUGCAUUCAAAACAAACCAGCUGCAAAAAAAUGGCAAAAUCUUGAGUAUAUCUUGCUUAAAAGCUGUUAAAUGCUUCAAAGAAAACGCUUGAAUAACUUGCUCCAAAGGGCUCAGUUAUUUCGUAUCAGCUGCUUUCGUUCAUGUGUUUUCUUUUGGACACCUGAAUCCUGAAGCACAGAAGUCCCAAUCAGAAUUGACAAAAUCCUGACAGUUAUAUUCAGCUUACUAUACACAUCUGAUGCUCAGAUUACGUGUGGGUGGAGUAUCUGAGGCUGAGACUAGCACUUGCUUAAUAAGGGGCAUAUAUGGUAUAUAUGGGUUGGAACUAAACUGUAGAAAGUAGAUGUACAGGAGAAAGGCCAGUGACCGCUACUCUAAGCUAUUUGACCCGUCUGGUGACGUCUUAAUUCUCACUAAAGACUAGAACCUUGUUUGAAGAAAGCUGGAAAGCACUCAUGAAGAGAGCAUGCACAUGUUGUACAUACUUUUUCCCUUACUGGUAAGGAAGUCUCAGUAGUCGCAGGCGUUUGUUGCUGCGGGGGUCUGUAGGGGGAGCGUUUCAUUUCCCUGUUCUCAUCAUUGCCGAGCUUAACCAUGUAUGUAUGAGAGUCUGCAUGUAUGGGUGCGUAUGGCCUUCAUGUGAGUUCUUUUUCUCAGACAGCAUGGUAACCAUUCUGCCUCUCCCCCUGGACCGUGUAGCACAGAACCCCCAUGGUCCCUGACAGAAUGGUGCAGUCCAUACAAUGGAUCCUCUCCCCGCAGUUCUGGCAGGGUGGUACAGCCCAUCUUCCCAGUGUCUUGAAGCAUUUCUUUAUGACAGUGUUAAAUCGAUACCAUCUUAUUUAGUAGUGUUUUUAUUUAUUUUGAUUGUCGUUUUAAAUGCACUGUACUUUAAAACGAGAAAAAAGGAAGAUAUUCUGCCUAAACGUAGAUGUGUAUUUAUGAGAACUCACCUAUGUUGUUAGCGCAGCUGCUGCUUCUGUUAAAAGGGCACAUGGAAAAGGCAGGUAGUAAAUAUUACUCGAUGAUGUUAUGCACUUUUGAUUUACCCUUUUGACUCACUCUCUUAAAUUUCAGCUCACCUUAACUCUCAAAACGUUUCAACUGUAGAAGAACUAAAGUGGCUAAACUGCACUUAACUGUAAACAUUUAGGCACUAACGGCCAGUUUCUUGGAUAUGGGUUAAGCCUAGUCUUGGGACUAAAUGGUGAAUCACCAUUGGAAAUUAUUUUUAGUCUAGUAUUAGCCGUGAUCUGGGUCUGGGAAACCAGCCUCAACAGUUUUAAGAUGCAUUCCAAGCGCACCUGAAAACUGGCCACAUGGCAUUUGGUUUUUCUUUGAAUUUAUUUUAAUUGCGAUGCCUUCAGAGUUGUGAGAAAGACUGUACAUGCUAAAUUUCACUGAAUUUUGUCAUCUUGGGUGAAGGCUGAGACCGAAGUUAACGUCUUAUGAGCUCAUCUGGAACUGUUGUUGUGAACAAAGCUAGCUUCUGCUCUAAAGAUCACAGCGUCCCAGUCUUGGUCUUGGCCACUGUAAUGUUUUCCCUGCUCCCAACAAACUUGAUCCAGCUACACAGAGCCCAGUUUCCCCAAAGCAUCUUAGAGCAUUUUAUAGCCGCACUUUGAUUUGUUGUUAAAAGUGAAAGAAAUGGCAUUCUUGAGUCGAGGGGAAACAAAACAUGCUAAAAUAUGGUGUCUGUCAACAUCAUAAUGAGGAAUAUAUGAUGACAGUAGUAGCUAAAUCACUUAUGUUGUUGGAAGACAUUCACCAGUUUUGACUGAGUUCUCUUUGAAUACUCUUUGAACACCCUCACAGUCAUCACAUCCAUCUGAAGCACAUCCAACGGUCCAGAAUGUUCUGCACGUUUCUCUGAAUCUUCAAAUUUAACAAUGUUGGAGCUUUAACUGGUAGAGAGAGUGUUCAGUAUGAUGCUCGCUCUGUCAUUUAAGAUUUAUCUUUGUGCUAAGAUGCUUUUUGGAAAACCAGCCCAGCUCAAAGAGAAAAGCAGAGAAAGUGCUACAGUGUGCAAGGCAGGAGGUACUGUAGGACCAGGCCUGGGAAGCUGUGGUGUAGAUAGAGCGUGUCAUUUGGGAAUCGAUUGAGAAGCCGUUGAUCCUGGGACCAUGAGCCAGUUCUAAAGUGAUCCUCCGUAUUUUUUUUACACACAGAGGCGUGAUCCUGAUGUAAACUUUACUUACAGGGAGAAAUGACUGUUUUUAUGUUUAAAGGUUCUCAGUGUAUCAGUUCCGUUAAAUGUACCCAGUUGUUUAUGUACUAUUUUAAUCAUCUGAAUUAUUAGUAUUCACAAUAAAACUAGGCCAAAUGUACAGUGUA